AUGGAUCUUUCGGUAGAGGAGAAGUUGUAUAUGGAACACAAGCGGGUUACUGAACUCGUAGUGGAGUUGAAAACACAAGGAGCUCCCUCGGAGGAAUUUCGUAUUCCUGUGGCAAAACUAGUCGAAGAUUUUUUUAAGGAGGAAUUCGUGAAGCUGGAGUCUUUUUUACGACAUUGCUGUGGACUACAAGUCGAAGGAGACGAAGUCCGUUUCGUGCAUGGGACGACUAAUAACGCGAGCGUGAAACAACAACAUCAACAACAACAAAUCCUAUCGCGUCCUCAAUUCUCGCCCUUUUACGGGUUUAGCACGAAUAAGGAGAAAGGCGUUUCAUACAGAGUGUGGAGAUUCGAAGUCGAGAGCACGGUUCGAGGCGGCCUUUAUUCGACGGAGGUGAUUUCCGAACAAAUCCGCCGUUCACUACAGGGGGAAGCGAAAACCAAACUCGUGGGAUUAGGGGUCGACGCAUCGUGUGAAGCGCUGUUGGAAACCCUCGAUCAAUUCUACAGCGACGCGCUGACUGCCACAGGGGACGAGCUUUUAGCGGAAGCUUAUACUUUUAAGCAGAAAGAAGGGGAAGAAGUAGCGUGUUUUGCCUCGCGCCUCGACAACCACGUGAGGCUCGCUUACGUAAGGAAUACAGAACUCUUGCCGGACGAAAGUGCCGUUGAGAGGCAACUGCGUAUGCUGUUGUGGUCAGGCUUGCAUCCUGAGAUCAAAGACAAAGCAAGACACCGUAAAGACGCGUGCAAAAGCUUUUCUUAGCUUAUCACUGCAGCCCGAUAGGGAGAAAAAGAGCUCUCCUCGACCCAGGCCCCAAAACGCGUGGCCCGAUCCAAUGUUACCGUCAAGGCCGAACCGCAGGAAGCCCGGGAAAGCACCAA